AUGGGAGAAGUUGACGAGAAACAAUCUAUGAACAGGGCUUCUCCGAGGUUUCAUUCUUCAAACAAAGUUGCGGAUAUUGACACAGAGUUGUCCAAGAUGAAGGCUUCUUCUCUUGACAACAACAACAAAGAAAGCGACGUCGUUUCCUUAAAAGCCGCGCUCUUGGAGAAAGAUGCCUUGUUAAAGAAUCUUCAAACAGAGUUAGAAGAAUCAAAGGUGGAGAUUGCUUCUUUAAAAGAGAGGAUCGACGGUUCUUUCCACAGCCAAGAUUCAAGCGAAGACGAUAGCUCUGUUCAAGAUUCCGAUAUCGAGUCUCUGAAGAUCGAGAUGGAGUCCACCAAGGAGAGUCUCGCACAGGCUCACGACGCCGCAGAGGCUUCUUCUCUGAAGGUAUCCGACUUGCUCGAAGAGAUGAAGUCUGUUAAGAACGAGCUUAAAGAAGCAACCGAAGCAGAGAUGACGAGCAAGAAAGCUAUGGAUGAUCUAGCCUUGGCGUUGAAAGAGGUAGCUACUGACUCUAGCCAGACGAAGGAGAAGCUUGCGGUUGUUGAAACAGAGCUCGAGGCUGCGAGGGCUGAUUCCAAGGAGUGGAAGGAGAAGCACGAGGAGGUGAGGAAAGAAGCUGAGCUUCUCAAGAACACUAGCGAGAGGCUUAGGAUCGAAGCGGAGGAGUCUCUUACGGCUUGGAACGGGAAAGAGUCUGUGUUCGUGAGUAUUAUCAAGAGAGGUGAAGAUGAGAAGAGUUCGCUUCUUGAUGAGAACAAUAGGUUGCUUGUGGCUCUCGUCGCUGCUGAGAAUCUUAGCAAGAAGGCUAAGGACGAGAAUCAGAAGGUUAGAGAUAUACUUAAACAAGCGAUUAGUGAGGCUAAUGUAGCUAAAGAAGCAGCGGGGAUUGCUAGGGCUGAGAAUUCGAAUUUGAAAGAUGCCUUGUUGGACAAGGAAGAGGAGUUACAAGAUGCUAUGAAGGAGAUUGAGAGAGUUAGGGUUAAUGAAGCGUUGGCUAAUGAGAAUGUUAGGAAGCUGAAGAAGCUCUUGUCUGAAGUUGAGGUAGCUAUGGAGGAAGAGAAACACAGGAGCUUGAGCAGGCAAGAGUCGAUGCAUAAGGACGUUGAAGUUAGGGUUGAGGAUAAGGAAGAGGAGAAGAAAGAGAAGAAGAAGGAGAAGAAAGAGAAGAAGAAGGAAGAGAAGGAGAAGAAAGAGCAUAGUAAACAAGAUCAUAUCGAUAAGAAGAUGAUUGGUAAGACAUGUAGUUUCAGUCUCAUGAAGCUAGCGCACGCUCAUAACCACCAUCACAAGCACAAGGAGUUAACAGUAGAGGAAGAGAGCAAAGGGCAAGAUAAUAGUAAUCAUACUGAUGAUAGUGGUGAAGGGAACUCUCCGACUUCUGAUUCGUAUCUUUUCAAGGGCUCAAUCUUUGACGUGGCGGAGACGCCACAUGCUGCGCAGACACAUCACAAGAGGAGGUCUUCGUGUACGUUUUUGGAGGAAGUAGAGACGAUUAAUCCAGAGGAUUUGGAGAAUUUGGAGGAAGGAGAGCUGAAUGAUAAAGGAUCAGUGGCUGCAGCGAGGAAGAAGAAGGCGUUUAUUCGUAGGUUUGGGGAUCUUCUUGUUAGGAGGAAGAGCUUGAGUUUCUCACACAAGAAAGAGUCUUCUACUGAUUCACAGGAUAAGCAGCAGCAACCUCAGACGCCAACGUCACCGUCUCUGCCUCAACCACCGUUGUCUCCGGAGCCUUGA